GUUUCAGGACAGGUUUAGGACGAUGACUUCAGGGAUCUAUACGGGCGGCAUCAGGAAAUGCAACAGGUGGAAAACUAUUCGUUCACGCAAUGAUCUGUUGUUGUUCCCCCUAGCGAAGGAAGGAAGGAAGGAAGGUGCACUUGAAGAGAACGCUGCCUGAAUUUGGACGCUCGAGUAAGGGGGGAAAUAGGAACUAGUCGCACUUCCAGCCACAGAAAACCCACAGCCAGACACCAUGGAUGACAGCUUGAGUAACUCCAAUGUGAAGGUCGCAGUUCGCGUCCGACCAAUGAACAGAAGAGAAAAGGACCUGAAGACCAACUGUGUGGUGGAGAUGGAGGGGAACCAGACAGUGUUGAACCCUGCUAGUCAGAACCUCAGCAAGGGAGACCCCCGGAAUCAGCCUAAGGUCUUUGCUUAUGACCACUGCUUUUGGUCCAUGGACGAGGCAGACACAGACAAGUUUGCAGGUCAAGACGUCGUGUUCCAGUGCCUUGGAGAGAGUCUUCUGGACAAUGCCUUCUUGGGCUAUAACGCCUGUAUCUUCGCCUAUGGACAGACAGGCUCAGGGAAGUCGUACACCAUGAUGGGUUCGUCAGAGCAGCCAGGUCUGAUCCCGCGGCUGUGCAGCUCUCUGUUUCACCGAACCCUACUGGAACAGAGGGAGGGAGAGAGCUUCACUGUCGAGGUCUCCUUCAUGGAGAUCUACAACGAGAAGGUUCGGGACCUACUGGACCCUAAAGGAAGUCGACAAGCCCUGCGAGUGAGAGAACACAAGGUGUUCGGGCCUUACGUUGAUGGUCUGUCUCGUCUGGCUGUAGCCUGCUAUAAGGACAUAGAGUGUUUGAUGUCAGAGGGUAACAAGUCUCGUACAGUAGCAGCCACCAAUAUGAACGAGGAGAGCAGCAGGUCCCAUGCCGUCUUCAACAUCAUCCUCACACACACUCUAAUGGACCUGGCUUCUGGGACUAGUGGUGAGAAGGUCAGUAAGCUGAGUCUGGUGGAUCUGGCUGGCAGUGAGAGAGCUGCUAAGACUGGAGCUACUGGAGAGAGGAUGAAGGAGGGGAGCAACAUCAACAAGUCUCUAAGCACGCUGGGCCUGGUGAUAUCAGCGCUGGCAGACCAAGGAGCAGGGAAAAACAAGACCAAGUUUGUUCCCUACAGAGACUCAGUUCUCACCUGGCUACUCAAGGACUGUCUGGGUGGUAACAGUAGGACAGCCAUGGUGGCCACGGUGAGUCCAGCAGCUGAUAACUAUGACGAGACUCUGUCCACGCUGCGCUAUGCUGACCGGGCUAAGAGCAUCGUCAACCACGCCGUCGUCAACGAAGACCCCAACGCACGCAUCAUCAGAGAGCUACGGGAGGAGGUGGAGAAACUACGAGACCAGCUCACUGAGGCUGAGUCUAUGAAGGCUCCAGAUUUGAAGGAGAGGCUGGAGGAGUCAGAGAAACUGAUUCAGGAGAUGACUGUUACCUGGGAACAGAAACUACGGAAAACUGAGGCCGUGGCUCAGGAGCGUCAGAAACAGUUGGAGUCUCUAGGUAUCUCUCUCCAGUCGUCUGGCAUCCGAGUGGUAGACGACAAGUGUUUCCUGGUCAACCUCAACGCCGACCCUGCCCUCAAUGAGCUGCUGGUUUACUAUCUAAAGGAGCACACGCGUGUUGGUUCAGCUGACUCUCAGGAUAUUCAGCUGUGUGGUAUGGCCAUCAACCCUGAACACUGUGUCAUCAAUAUCACCGCUGAGACUGGAGUGGUGCUCACGCCACACCGCAGCUCCCGUACGUGUGUGAAUGGCUCUUCAGUCACCAUCCCAAUCCUGCUUCACCAUGGAGACCGGAUCCUGUGGGGAAACAACCACUUCUUCAGGAUCAACCUGCCCAGACACCUAGCCCAUGCGGGGGGUGAGGAUGAGGCGGGUAGUGUGAUGAAGAAUUGCCUCAGUACUGACCAUUUGGAAGUGGACUUUGAUACGGUCAGCAAUGUGUCCAGUGAGGUCAGCUUUGGCUACGAGUUCGCCCAGACAGAGGUCAUGAUGAAGGGCAUGGGCAGCAACGACCCCAUGCAGUCUGUCCUCCAGACGUUGGAGCGACAGCACGAGGAGGAGAAGAGGACGGCUCUGGAGCGCCAGAGACAGAUGUACGAGCAGGAGCUGCAGCAGCUGAGGAAGCAGCUCCCUCCUGCAGAGAAACACACCCUGCUGCUGCAGGGCCCUGGGCCUGCAGGCCUGGAGCCAGCCGGACCCUCAGCAGCAGCAGCAGCAUCCAUCGCGUCAUCACCUUGCGCCCGGACACGCAUGCGAAGAUGGAGCGAGGACAGAGAGGCCAUGAUGACUCGUAGCCUGUGUAGACUGAGACAACAGAUCGUCAGAGCUAACCUGCUGGUGCAGGAGGCUGGCUUCAUAGCUGAGGAACUCAACAAGAGGACGGAGUACCUGGUCACACUGCAAAUACCUGCUGCUAACCUCAACGCCAACAGGAAGCGUGAUGCGGUGCUAAGUGAGCCCGCGGUGCAGGUGAGACGUAAGGGUAAAGGGAAACAGAUCUGGGCUCUGGAGAAGAUGGAGAACAGACUGGUGGACAUGAGAGAACUGUACCAAGAGUGGAAAGACUACGAUGAAGACAACCCUGUGAUGCGUUCCUACUUCAAGCGUGCUGACCCGUUCUUCGACGAGCAGGAGAACCACAGUCUGAUAGGAGUGGCCAACGUGUUUCUGGCCUGUCUCUUCUACGACGUCAAGCUGCAGUACGCUGUACCUAUCAUCAACCAGAAGGGAGAGGUUGCAGGGCGUCUACAUGUGGAGGUGUGGCGAGGGAACGAGGGGCUGGAGAAAGUAGAGACCAGUCCAGAUGGCGAGACACAGGAACGCAAAAUGGAGUGUGUGGUGAGGAUCCUGCAGGCUACAGGUCUUCCUCGCCACCUGUGUAAAUUUGUGUUCUGCCAGUACCAUUUCUGGGGGCAGGAUGAACCUGUGUUCAUCGCCCCGGAGGUGGAGCCCACUCCCCCCUCCGCCACCAGCAGAGAUCCCCUCUGCACCGUACUUUUUGACAGUAGCAAGGAGCUGGAGGUGUGCGUGUCUGAGGAGUUUGUGGAGUUUGUGGCGGAGGGGGCAGUGGCCAUCGAUGUGUUCGGACAUAAACAGGUGAACCACCGCAGGAACCUGGCUCUCUGGGACCUGGGAGUCAUUCAGGCCAAGACACGAACCCUCAGAGAGAGGUGGAGCGAGGUAACUCGUAGGCUGGAUCUCUGGGUUCAGGUGUUGGAGCUGAAUGAUGCAGGAGAGUUUACCCCUGUAGAGGUCCUACCACCCAAGAACGUAGGCACCGGGGGCAUCUUCCAACUCAAACAGGGCCAGUCUCGUCGUUUGCAGGUGGAGGUACGGUCCGUACCGGACUCAGGAACCAUGCCCCUCAUCGCCACAAACAUCGUCUCUGUUUCCAUUGGCAACGUGGAGGUACGGGAGGCCUGCGCCUGGGAUGAGGACGUGGACAGCUAUCAGGAAGGUGAUCUGGAGAGGUUGAGGGACCAGUGGCUGACCACCCUCACUAAGAGGCAACAGUACCUGGACCAGCACCUGCAGAAGAUGGUCCAAAAGCCAGAUAAGUCAGAGGAUGAUGUGGAGAGGGAGGCCCAGCUGUUAGAGUGGCGUCUGACCCUGACAGAGGAACGUAAUGCCGUCCUGGUACCUUCGACUGGUAGCGGCAUCCCUGGAGCCCCCGCUGAGAGAGUUCCUGUUCCUGGGAUGGAGGCACACAUUCCUGUUCUCUUCCUGGACCUCAGUGCUGAUGAUUUCCAGGACAACCUGUCUGCUCCACUGGCUGGGGGUCUAGAUGCCAUGCUUAACCAGGAGGAUGAGGAUGCGUUCUUUGACCUGCACAUAGUCAAGCACUACGAUGGAGAGGUUGGUGCAGAGGCGUCGUGGGACUCGACGGUACAUAACUGUCCCCAGCUGAGUCGCAGCGUGUCACCUGACCUAAGGGUGUACCUGAUCGUCAGGGUCGUAGUUCAGCUCUCUCACCCUGCUAACAUGCACCUGGUCCUCCGAAAACGCAUCUGUGUCAACCUAGCUGGACGACAGGGUUGGAGUCGGAGUCUGUUGAAGAUAAUGUCUCAUCGCAGCACCAUCCCUGGUUGUGGAGUCACCUUCGAGAUCGUCUCCAACAUCCCUGGGCAUGUCCAGGGUCCAGAGGACAGAGAGAUGCUGGCCAGACUAGCAGCCAGUGUAGAUGUUCAGGAUGUCCAUUCAGCGGACAGUGAGGCUGCCAUAGAGAAGUACCUCCGCAGUGUCCUGGCUGUGGAGAAUAUACUCACCCUGGACCGACUACGACAGGAAGUAGCAGUAAAGGAGAAGUUGUCUGUCAAGGCCAAGUCUCCAAGUCGUGCUCUCAGCUCUCCUAACGUGAACCGGCUGUCAGGAUCCUGGAGCAGACAGGAUCUGUCCUCCAAUCACAGGCUAAAUGACAACAAGGGCUGGUCAGAGAGUAACCAGGACCUGUCAGUGUUCUCUCCACCGUCCAACUCCAGACGCACCCUGCCUAGCUCCGCUCUGCCUCUGGCCCAGAACAUCCACCCUGAGACUAGUUUCUCACGGUGUGCUCGUGCUACCUCUUAUUUCUCCCCAGUCAAGGCUCUGGUUCCUCCUGUCCCUAAACUGCUAAAGUCCCUGUUCCCAACCAGGGAGGAGAAGAGAGUCCUGACCCAUGUCCCACAGCAGCCUCUCCCUCAGAGCCUACCUCGCAUCGUAGUGCAGUCAGCAAGUGUUGAAGAGGACUUGGAUACUAAACUUAGUCGUCACUUGGUUCCCAUUGGGGAAAUCAUCCCCCCAAAGUGCCAAUCAGAGGCUGCGAAAACCAUGCCCCUCCCCCAAGCUAUCAUCCCUCCCAUCAUCCCUGAGAUGGAAGACCCCGCCCCCAGUCCAGUCAGCGAGGCAUCCAGCGGCUACAUGUCCACCAGCGUCUCCACGGCAACCCUGUCAGAGGCUUACCUGAUUUGUGGGGACCUCACUCUGUCAGCCAAUCUUAAUCCAGAUGGCUGUGAGGCGACGCACAAGUCGUUCGAGUCCGACAUCGGUCGGUGUCUUCAUCAGGAGUCUAACAUGGCCGGCCAGGAGGAAGAGAGGGAUGCUUCUCAGAUACCUCAGGCCACUGCUACUGACCUGGAAGCUUCAGAGAAACAGAGGACUGAUACUAGUACUCCCCAGGCAGACAGGACUGAUAUUGAUACACUCCGAGCAGAAUUUUCUCUCCCAUUGGAACCACAUGGAACCUCCGUAGAACCUCUUCUCAUAUCAGAACCCUAUGAAUCCUCAGGAGAACCUGAAGAUAUGACUCCACCAGAGUCACUGACACACAAGUUUACACAAGAAUACUACAGACUACUACCGUCUGAAGUAUCAAUCCAGCCAGAGUCACUGAAACAGUCUACACAAGAACAGUCUGUAGUAUCUAAUGAGUCUGAACCACCAAUCCAGCCAGUCAAGUCUGUACAAGAACAACUGACACAGUCUUCACCAGACAAGUCAACAGAAAAACUGUCUGUAGUAUUAGACAAGUCAGAACCACCAGUCCACAUAAAAGACCCAAUCCAGUUAGAAGAACCACCAGUGGAGCCAAAGCCAACUCGGGAACAGCGUGCGGCAACAGCUGAGUCAGCACCUCUAGACCACCUAGCACCUCUAGACCACCUAGCACCUCUAGACCACCUAGCACCUCUAGACCAGAUAGCACCAACAUACAAGCUAGCACCUCUAGACCAGCUAGCACCUCUAGACCAGCUAGCACCAACAUACAAGCUAGCACCGGCAGACCAGCCUGAACCUGCACUUACUUAUGAGGAUGAGAGCCAGGCCCAGGCCAGGAACAGUGGUCUUAGUGCUGAUCUCUCUCUUCCUCUGGAGAUCCUCUCUGACUCAGAUGAAGGAGUCACUGACACAGCCACAAAGGUGCCUGACUGGCUGAAGGAGGGGGAGUUUGUGACUGUAGGAACUAAUAAAAGUGGCACGGUGCGCUACCUGGGACCCACGGAUUUCGCAGACGGAACCUGGGUCGGAGUGGAGCUGGACUUACCUGCAGGGAAAAACGACGGGUCUGUGGGUGGAAAGCACUACUUCCACUGUAACCCUGGUUACGGGGUGUUGGUGCGUCCUGAUAGGGUGAGCCGUGGAGGAGUCGGGGGCGGGGCUAAGGAGAAGCGUCGACAGCAGCAGAAGCGUCGCAGUGCUAACUUAUCAGGGUCCAGCCCUAACCUGGCUGCCCUCACUGCCCUGGCCAAGGGAGAGGGGGCUGGGGCCGGACGCAAAGGAGACAACCGUAAAUCCUGGAACAGCUGAGAGGAGAGAGUAGCGGGGUUGGGGUCUAUUUCAUUUCAAUUCAGUCAAUUCAAGAAGGAAACUGGAAUUCCAAUUUUCAAUUUCCCCCUGAAAAUUAAAAUUCGAAUUUCAGUUUACUUCCCGAAUUGCUGGAAUUGAAACGAGAUUGACCCCAACCUGGUGGGUACUAGACACUACGCAACCGAAAACCACAGCAACAUAUCAAGACCUAAGAGGUGCACCUUGUGCUCGUUUUAAAUGUUCAGUCACUGAUGGACAGAUAGAGGAGAGGCCCAGUUCAUGGUGCUGGCUGCAUCAAGGAGUAGGAUUAAGUUACCCAUAGUCACUGAUCUUGGGUCAGUUUGACUUUUUCCCCACUCAUGGAUAAAGUUAGUAUUGGGGGGGAGGGGAUGCAGAUUCUAGAUCUGUACCUAGGGGUAACUUCAUCCCGAAGCCAGUUUUGUGAAGUUGCCCCGAGACACUGAUCUUGGGUCAGUUUAGCAUUUUCCUCACUAAUGGUUAGGGUAAGUAUUGGGGGAGGGGAAGCUGAUCCUAGAUCUGUACCUAGGGCAGGGGUGUCAAACUCAUUCCAUAAAGGGCCCUAGUGUCUGCUGGUUUUUGGUUUUUCCUUUCAAUUAAGACUAAGACAACCAGGUGAGAGGAGUUCCUUACUAAUCAGUGACCUUAAAGCAUGAAACACACCGAGAAUCUGACUGUCGAUAGACUGCCGAUAGGUACUUAUAACAGUGGGAGGCCGUUCCUUCUCUUGCUAGAACAAAAGGGGUACCUGCUGCAUGCCGACCUGGUAUCGACGAACCUACCGACUCUAUUUGUAGAAUCGCAAUGCUCGUCAGUGGCCAACAAUUUGACUUUGAACCAAUCAGAGAGCACCAACCCCCAAGUGGGAGAGCCAAUAAAACAUUUUUUAAAAUAGGGCAUUUUCUCCGUACAUCCACGGAUGAGCCAGUCACACUUCAUAUGCAAUGUAGGCUAUGAGAGGGUAGCUAGCUAAGUGCACAGACGCAAUGCACACAACACUAAAUACUUCCUCCAAACAAGCUUACCACUGUAGCUAGUAUUGACCUUAUAAUUCAAUCACAAUGGAUUAGCUAGUUUCCAUGAAACAGCUACCUGUGUUAGCUGCUGAGUUAGUGCAGUGUCCUUAGCUAACUAGCUAUGUUAUGCUAGCAAGCUAAACAUUUGGCAAGGGACUGGCAGUAUGGGAUUAUGGAGAGUGAAAGAAAUGGUUUCUUUGUCAUCUUGCUAGGUAGUUAUCUAGCUGUGGCCAUCUGGUUAAUAUCAACAAAGACUUUCUACUAGGCUUGGGUGAUAUACCUUAUAUCGGAGUAUUUCGAAAUACCGUUGGUAUGAUUUUCAAUACCAAUGGUUUGCUAACUUGCCAGACGUCAAGGUCAAACUUCUUGUUUACAGCAGAGCCAUUGAUCCUCCUGGAUGGAUCAAGAUCCCUGUUGCUUAAAUUGUUUUGAGCAUUUUUUUUUGUAUGUUUUUUUUUAAUGGCGCACCCUUGUGUGCACAUUCGGUAAUACCGUGUACCCUGGUAUGGUACAGAAACGGUAUGAACAUCUGGAUACUUCCCGACCCUUACUUUCUACGAAAUAGCAACAUUUGCGCAGAUAGCUUGGAAUCUAGACCAUAGGCAAUACGCACAGAUAUGCAUUGCCAAACAACGCUACUGCCACCUUCUGGUUUGGAGUAUUUUAACAAGGCUCAGUGGCUUACGACUUCAAAGGUCUUUGCUGUGUGAACACAAAAGAGAGAUUGACUGCCGACACUGUUCGGAGGUGCUAAGUACUGUCAGGCAAACGUUUGACAAGCCUACCGCUGUGUGUUAGCUUUAAUUCAUCAAUCAAGUACAAGGGAGGCCGUGAAAACCUGCACACACCCAGCACUCUUUGGAAUGAGUUUGACACAUGACCUGGGGCAGGGGUUCUCAAAGUAGGAUCUGUAGACUACUGCAAGGGGUCAGCGGCUAGAACUUUCUACUUUUUUUGGGGGGGGGGGGGGCGGAUAUUACUAACAAAAGAUUGAACAACUUUUGGCCAAGGUAUCCGUGGAAUAAGUUUAAAGUGAUUAAUACAAUACAAUGUCAUGUAAUAGUAGUAAUCUGUAAUUGUAUGUUCUUAACCCUGGAGGCUCCCUGGAGGCUCACAGGGAUAUUGGUAUCCACAGUAUUCCAGUUAUCUUUUUUAUUUUUAUAAAAAAAAUUUUUUUUAACAUAAAUGCACUGUGAUUUAAGUUCUAAAAUGGCAACGUUUGCUCUUUGCCUCGUGGCAAAAUGUGUAGAAUUCCAGGAUAAUAGUUUGAAAACUGCAACAUUUUUUCUCUGAUGCCAAGAGGCGGGCCUUUUUAAAUGUUCUUUCUCCGGGCCCUAGACUUGGUUUGUUCAGCUAUGCACUGCAGGCGUCAUAGUAAAACUAAAACUCCUUGUAGGCUGUUUUUAACACACUGGGGAUGUCUUCUGAUUAUGAGCAGGUCCUUGUUGAAUUUUCUAUCACAAAAGUGGUCCCAGGCCCCAUACAGUUUGAGAACCCCUGACCAAGGGGAAACUUCACCUCAGAGCUUUCUUUCAUAUCAUCUGAAUGUAUUUUUUUUGUCCUGAUUUGGUCUCAGGUUCUCAAAUAACACGUGCCAUAUAUUGUUUACCAGGGUGGCGGUCAAGUCCAUUUCAAUUCAGGAAAUACACAAAUUCCAAUUCUGUUCAAUGCUUUUCAAUUAGGAAUUUGGUUUACUUUCUGAAUUGACUGAAAUUGAAAUGGAAUUUGCCCCAACCCUGGUUAUUACCUAUGUUAGUAGAACAAUAUGUUAUGAUUAUCUGUUUUUAGCUAACAGGAAAUAUUCUGUAUGUAUGAACUUUACUUAAACUGCUUGAUUGGAGCAUUUUAUGUUUGGAUGUUAUGUUAUAAGGCCUCCCUGUGGCUCAGUUGGUAGAGCAUGUUGUUUGCAACGCCAGGGUUGUGGGUUCGAUUCCCACGGGGGGCCAGUACGGGGGGAAAUGAAAUGAAUUGAAAUGUAUGCAUUCACUACUGUAAGUUGCUCUGGAUAAGAGCGUCUGCUAAAUGACGUAAAUGUAAAAAUAAGGUUUUGGGAUAGUGUGGGACAGGUAAAAUGCAACCUAUAUGUGUUUUAUGUGUACUGAACAAAAAUAUAACGCAACAUGUGAAGUGUUGGUCCCAGAAAUUA